AUGAUAGCGCGAUUUGUCGUCGUGACUUUGGCGACCUUUACCGCAGUCACCGCAGCAUCCAAGCCCGACGAUGUACUGCAGCUGCGGUUGGUGUCGUUUCUGCCGGUCGGCAGCAGCGACUACUUCGAUUAUAUGUACUCCGCGGCGGCCGUCAACCUCACCGUGGCCAACAUGAACCGACAGCACCGCGGCGCCCUCGUCCUGGACGUCACGUGGCUGCCCAUCCUCCACUUUGACAGCGCCCCCUGCGGCGCCACCGUCGCCGACACCCUCGCCCUCCUCCCGCCCUUCUUCCACAGCGACCAGUGGGCCGGGCGCUGUCUGGCGCUCAUCGGCGAAAACUGCAGCGGAAUCGUGGAGAUGGCGUCGUUAGCGGCCGAAUGGAACGUCCCGCUGUUUGACAUUCUGCCCAACGAGCCGAUCAAGAGCCAGCCGGACCGCUACCCGACGGCGGUCGUCCCGCACGAGGGCUACGACAACUUCCUGGGGGCGCUGACGCAGCUGCUGCACAUCAAGAACUGGCGGCACGGCUGCGUCGUCAUCGACCGGCAGCUGGCGCUCAGCCAGGCCGCCUACUUCUGGGAGCUUGGCCGCACCUUCGCCAACCUGGACCAGCGCCUGCAGGAGCAGCAGGGCAUUUAUUUGGAACGCCGCUACUACGACACGGAUAUGAACGGGUCCGUCGACUUCCGGUCGGUGCUGCAGCCCUGUCGGGGCUACGGAUACUCGGUCAUCCUGAUCCUGGCCGACACGUAUCGGACCGCUGAGCUGCUGCUGACGGCGUCCGCCCUGGGGAUGGGCAACGGCGACACGGCGUUCUGGCCGUUGGUGCCUUCCGGCAGUCCGCUGCAUAAUAAAACGGUGCUGGCCCAUGAACUACGCCAUUUGACGGACCUCACACUGCGCUCGGUGGUGUACAUCACGUGGUCGCGCACCACGCCCUGGUUCAGCAGCGAUGACGACUCGCACCGGCUGCGCAGCUACGCGCGGCAGGCGUUCAUCCGACCGCCCUCCCCUGCGCUGGAGCCGGAAGAGCUGCUGAGCGUCUUCAACACCAAGUUCGUCAUCAAGACGUGGGCGAACGUGGCGCUGGAGACCUUCCGGCAGGGCGGCGAUCCCUGCGACGGGCGCUCCAUCGCCGCGCAGGUGCGGCAGCGCUUCGCCGUCAAGGUGGACGCCCGCGAGGCCGUGGAGGAGGAGGACUCGCAGCCGGACGCCGCCACCGUGCGCAUACAGGCUUGGAAGCCCAGCACCGGCAAGUUCGUGACGUUCCUGAUGUACAACGGGACGACGCAGGAAUACGAGUGGACCAGUCUGGACGUGGACGACUGGCCGGUGCCCUUCAGCCGCGAUCCCAACGGCCAGUGCGGAUACGACGCUGACUCGCCUUAUUGCAAACCAACGCCGCUGGUGCCGGCGGAAUUCGGGGCCAUCGGGUUAAUCACGCUGCUCUUCAUACCGCUGCUGAUCGCGCACGUCAACCGGCGAAUCAAGAUCCAGCGGGAAAACAGCCAAGAAUGGAUCCUCCCCGCCGACGCGAUGGAGCUGACGCCGUUGGAGACCGGCGCCAAAGCGGCGUCGCACGAAGCCCACCUCCACGGGGUGCCGGUGUGGUGUGUCCCGGUGCCGCUGACGAAACACUCCCAGCCCGAGAAGCUCCGACGCGACAGCUAUUUCGGCAAAUUGUACCUGGUGAAGCACGACAACGUCAACGGCUUCCUCGGCCUGUGCUUCCUGCCCAAGCACGUGUGGAUCAUCUGCCAGUACGCCAAGCGCGGCUCCCUGGGGCGUCUCCUGCAGGUCAUGGACACCGACUGGGAGUUCCGGCUGUCCUUUACCGUCGACCUCAUCCAGGGUCUGCAGUACGUCCACAGCAGCCCGGUGAAGGCCCACGGGAACCUGAGCAUGUCCACGUGCCUGGUGGACCACCGCUUCGUGGCCAAGAUCGGCUGUCUGGGCUGCGAGAACAUCCGCGCGGCGUUGAAGGACACCAAGUACUCCCUGCCCAACUUCGAGCACCGCCAGCACGCCAGCGCCUCCAAGUACAGCGUCCUGCUGGCCAGCCUGUGGGCCGCCGAUGUGGCCGCCUUCCGGGCGGUGGUCAUGGCGCUGAGCCGGGCGGGGUGGGCGCAUGUCCGCGGAGAGGCCCGGCAGCACUUCGACAUGCAGGCGGCGGUAGAGGGCUUCGCGGAGGAGGCAGGCCGGUGCGCCACGAUGACGCAGGUGGAGGCGGCGUUCAAGGCGGCCUUCCCGGGGCAGCGGAAGAGCCCGGUGGAGAGUUUGAUCGAUCGGUUGGCCGGAUACACAGAGGUGCUGGAGCACGCGGUGGCUGAGAGGACGGCGGAGCUGGUCAGUGAGCAGGAGCACUGUGAUCGGCUGCUGGAGCAGAUGCUGCCGAGACCGGUGGUGCAGGCGCUCCGCAGUAAGCACGCCGUGGAGGCGGAGCUGUUCGAGUGCGCCACGAUCUGCUUCACCAGUCUGCCGGGCUUCGUCCCGUGGGUGGCCAGCGUAUCGGCACCGGAAGUCAUCGACCUGCUGCACGCCGUGUACACGCUCUUCGAUGACGAGAUCAGCCGCUUCGACGUCCACAAGAUGGAGACCAUCGCUGAUGGAUACCUGGUGGCCAGCGGCAUCCCGCUGCGCAACGGCAGCAGCCACGCGCCCGUCAGCUGCCGGAUGGCGCAGAGCGUCAUGAAGCGCUUCGUCGCCCAUCUGCAGCCGGCUCACCGUCAAUUGUCGCUGCGGGUCGGCAUUCACAGCGGUACCUGCGCUGCGGGUGUCAUCGGCAAACUGGUCCCGCGAUAUUGUCUGUUCGGCGACGCGGUGAACACAUCGUCGCGCAUGGAGAGCCAUGGCGAGAGCGGCAAGAUCCACGCCAGCCACGACACCGUCCAGCUGUUGGCUGAGCUACAAACCACCGACAUCGUCUGCGUACUGCGCGGCCAGAUUCCCAUCAAGGGCAAGGGAUUUAUGACCACCUACUGGAUCAUCUCAUAACGACAACGCCCAGUUAUACAGAACGAAUUAAUACAGUCGACCAGAAGCGGACCGGACGUUUGUGUGUUAUAGUGUACAGAAAUUUUUACAUUUUGCUUAUUCAGAAUUAAUUUCUUGACCGUCGCUUUGGCUCGGUCCUUUUGCCGUGUCACCGUACUGCUUAUGUCAAUAUUGUCAUGCAUCGCAAGGUCAUGCGCUGUACGCUGCGUUAGCGCGUUUGUUAUACAGUUGUACCUGAUUAACAUGCAGUGCUCGAUCAGUAGUAAAAGGCG